AUGUUCACUGCCUCUUGUCUUAACGCUUCAUCUGGAAAUUCAGCGAACAUGAAGCAGUUUGCAGAUCUGGUCUCAGGCCAGCAUACGCUUUCUUCCCGGGUUUCUACAUCCACUGAUGCUGUGCCCGAGCAUGGCACCAGCAGCUCACACCCUCAUGACAGAUGGCGAACACAGAUGGCUUUCUCCAAAACUGUGUAUUCAUUUGAAGUGAAAGAAGACACAGCACCAGGUCAGUCAUCUGUGCGGCUCAGCUUAUGCACACAUAAAUAAGACACAAAUACAUAAUGACUGCUGACGGUUAAUUCAAUAAGUAAUUAUGUUCAACAUGUAGGUUUAUAAAGCAUUAUUUAAGAUCUACAAUGUCCUCGCUGAGAUCCUUGUUUGUUGUGAUGGUGUUAGACAUUUUCCUGUAUUGUUUUGACAGGAACGGUUGUGGGAAAAGUGGAAGCGGUGUUCAAGAGUCUCACGCCUAUCACAUACUCAGUCCAGGAGGAUGACGGAGAUAACCUGUUCCUCCUCGUCCCCCUCUCUGGGGAGUUUCUCUUAUCCCGCAGGCUGGAUUUCGAAGCACAAAGAUUCUACAUUCUCACUGUGGCGGCGCAGCAGAGGGACUCUCAGGUGUCCAGUGUGAGAGUCUACUUCAAUGUAAUGGAUGUGAAUGACAACCCCCCUGUUUUCAGUCGGGGAACCUUUUCUGUGUCAUUGACUGAGGGCGCAAAGGUUGGCACUUGUUUCCUGUCCUUGAACGUGUCGGAUAAAGACGAUGGUGAGCACAAUGAAGCUGACAUUAGACAGGCCUCCAACCUUUAGUUUGUGACACAUUUCACCGUCAACGUCAGUCCUAUGCGCAAACAAGAACCAGUAUCUCACAGUGGGUGUCUUUACAAAAACAACAGUGAUUUAUGGAAGGUGUCCGCUUAAAGUUUUCACUUAUUUACAGUUAACCUAAAACUGACCCCCUACACCGUGGACCAAAAAUAGUUCACUAAAAGGUAAAAUGAAUAGUUUAGAGUCUGAUUGUAUUAUGUAGUUACCGCUCAUAUACUGCAGAGACAUUUUUUCUCUCUGUCUGUAUCUUCUUUUCCCCAUUUCACAUGGGGAUUUAUCGGUCCGUGCAAUUAAUGGGGGUCAAAAUGACAAUGCUCAUUGCGGCGCACAGUUCAGCCGAAGCUAAUGAGUUUCUGUAGCCAUGUAUGAUAGGAUUUUUUUCUCAGAGAUAUACACUUUUCUCCAAUUUGCAUUCACUUUAUCCCUAUCUUUGAGUUUAUUAUUGUAAUACAAAUGAUUCCAAGAAAAAUGUCGCCCUGUUAAUUAGACUGACCUGAACUUGGUGAGCUCAUUUUGCAUGUCCUGUGUGAGGAAACAUAGAUUACAGUGAGAGCAAAGCCUUCCAAGUAAUAAGUGUGAAAAGGCAUGAUUAAUAUUCACACAUUUGUUAGCUGCACAUGCAUUAAUUUAUCUACUCUAAUGUGGGUUUAUAUUAUUCUACAAGCUGGAAUGCAUCCCUGGAAAUCCCCUUGUUAAAUGCUGAAUCUGCGCGGCACAGAAUUACAUUUGCAUUUGAAUUCCUUUACAAACGUACGUAAUUAUAAGACAUUAAAAGCAGUUUAAGUGCAUAUGCAGGUGUUUCAAUAUCAGCUGCAUUAUGUACUUUGUGCAAAAUGUUGUGAUAAUGUUAUAUUUCCUCUCUGCCAGGUGACAAUGGAGACUUCAAACUGAGAGUUGUGUCUGGAGAUGAUAGGACAGCGUUCUUCUUAAAUUCAGCUGGUAGUUUAUGCCUGAACACAGAGUUAGACCGGGAGACACAGUCACUCUACAAUCUGACUGUGACGGCCAAUGACUGCGCCCAGCCUGAGUCUGCACAGUUUACCAGCACAGCACGGGUUACAGUGGAGGUUCAUGAUAUUAAUGACAACGCUCCGCUGUUUAAGUCAGCAGAAAUAUUGAAUAUACCAGAGGAUGCUGCUCUUCAUUCUGUUGUUAUGGCUGUACACGCCGAGGAUGCUGACUCGGGAUCCAAUGGAGAGGUUUUGUAUUACUUAAACAACACUUUAGGAUUGUUUAGCAUCGAUAACAGAAGUGGGAAAAUCUACCUGGAGGAGGAAUUAGACAGAGAACAGGUGGAUACUCUGACUAUCACAGUUACAGCUGCAGAUAAUGGCUCACCCAGGAUGGCGACGACAAUCAGUCUUACAGUGCACAUUGUGGAUGUAAAUGAUAAUGACCCGGAGUUUAUACAGAGCAACUACAGUCUGACUGUCAGAGAGGACAUCCGCAGAGGAACCAGUCUGCUCCAGGUUCAGGCUUUUGACCAAGACACGGGGAAAAAUGGACAAGUCCGUUACAGACUGACCCAUGAAAGUCCAUUUGUGGUGGACUCGGUUCGAGGUGUUAUCACUGUCAUGGAUGACCUGGACAGAGAGAUGCAUCCAAACUACAACCUAAUAAUAACAGCUGAAGAUCAGGGGGAUAAACCAAGAUCUUCUACUGCUGCUGUCAGCGUCACAGUCAUGGACGUCAACGACUUUGUGCCCAAAUUUACUCCAGAAACACUAACCAUACAUAUAACAGAGGACGAGGAGGAUCACUCUCACCUAACACACCAAGUACGACUGCUCCAUGUUUAUCAAAUAGACCUGACAUCUAAUUUUGUGAUUUUCUAGCAUAAAUUUAUAUGAUGUUAAUGUCUUUUUGGCUCAGGUCUCAGCUGUGGAUGAAGAUUUAGGCAUCAACAGUCAGCUUACAUACUCAAUAGCACAAGGAAACACUGAUGGUUUGUUCUCCAUAACUCCGAACGGCACAUUUCAAAUCUUGCGAAGUCUUGACCGAGAGGAGGAAUCGUCUUACUUUGUUACCAUCAUUGCUGUUGAUUCAGGUAGUUCAGGUCAAAGUUGAAUGAUUGAGAAGAGUGCUGUGAUUGAAAAGAGUUUGAGAAUUUGUUUUUGCUUUUUUAUUUAAAGGAUUACCAUCUUUGACUGGGACCCUAACAGUGCAUAUCAUUGUGGAUGAUAUCAACGAUAAUCGACCAGAGUUUACCGAGGACAUCUACAACACGAUAGUGUCUGAGGACAGUCCUACAGGCACAGUGUUUGCAAUGAUUACAGCAUCAGACAUUGAUGAGGGGGUCAAUGGGGAAAUAAGGUAAAAUUCCUUGUCUCAAAAAUCACUCAAAAAUGAAAAGCUGUCUACUAACCGUCUCAUCUUUUUGGUUUAGAUAUUCCCUUCAGAACUUCGACGUGCCAUUUUCCAUCGACGAAACAUCCGGAGAGCUGUUCACGACGAGUGUCCUUGACAGGGAGACCGUAGCCAUUUACAGUCUAGUGGUGAUUGGCAGGGAUAAACAUCCGUCUGAACCUCUGUCAAGCUCAGUUCUGGUUUCUGUGCUCAUUGGAGAUGUUAAUGACCACUGGCCACAGUUCAUGAACAGUCCUUAUGUGGCUUAUGUGCCCACUCAGAUGGCUCCAGGUAACAGCCUUUACAACAGUCUCAAAUUAAAGUUGGUUAAUUUGAGAAAUCAUGUUACUUAUUUCUUGACAUUUUGGUUCAACAGGCUCGGUUGUUUGUGCCGUGAAAGCAACAGAUGGAGACUCUGAGAUGAACGCUGAGCUGCAUUAUUCAUUAUACGGACAAAGUUCAGACUUGUUUUCCAUCCAUCCAUACAGUGGCACAGUUUUUACGUCAGUUUUUUCACUCCGGAGAACAGAAGACAUAAUUGUCAGUGUUCAUGUGGAAGAUGCUGGAGAAAACCCCAAAUUUGACAUCACUACGAUCAGUAUCAGGUUUCAAAAUGUCUCACAGUUUCCAGAAAUGAAAGUGGAUGUUUUGAGUUAUCAUCUCUCGGAGGAUGAGCCCGUGGGAACACUAGUGGCGGUUGUCUCUGCAGCGAGCACCAGAGCUGAACCGGUCUCCUUUUAUUUAGCUUCAGGGAACUUUGAAGACAUGUUUCAUGUGGACCAAUUAAGCGGCGCCCUGACAGUGGAGAACCCGUUGGAUUAUGAGAGUAAGAAAGAGUUUACUUUACUGAUAGAAGCCCGAGACUCUGGCUCAGCUCCUUUCUCAUCAUUUGAGGAAAUUCACAUAAACAUCAGCGACGUUAACGACAACUUCCCUCAGUUCACUCAAGAGGAGUACAGAUGUGAGGUUUUUGAGAACUCCCCGCCAUCUUGGGUUUGUGAUGUUCUCGCUAUUGAUGCUGAUUCAGGCGGUUAUGGCACCGUGCAGUACAACAUCACCGAUGGAAACACUGACAACUUUUUCACAGUUGAUUCUGAAACUGGUAUAUUGAGCACUACUGUGAGUUUAGACAGAGAAACUAUCCCUGAGUUUAAUUUGACGGUUGAAGCCUCAGAAUUGAACAACCCUCGACACAAAGAUAGAGCAUCUGUCAUUGUCGUCGUCUUGGACAGGAACGACAACGCUCCUCGUUUUUCACAGAUAUUUCUCACAGUGGUGCCAGAGGACUCUCCUGUUGGACACACAGUUAUACAAGUCACCUCCAUGGAUGACGACACUGACACCAAUGCGGGGAUUAAUUACUCCAUAAUCAACCAAAGUGAAGAUAUUCCUUUUGAUAUCGACUUCACCGACGGCUUCAUCACCGUGAAAAGGCCUCUGGACAGGGAGAUGCAGGAUCGAUUUGUCUUAAGAGUAAACGCAAAUGAUUCAGCAUGGAGCGUUAGCACUGACAUCACUGUAAUCAUUGCAGAUGUCAACGAUAACAAACCAGAAUUUACUGAUCAGUCAUACGCUGUUAUCCUUCCUGAAACAACAGAUAUAGAAGUGUUUGUAAUGCAGGUUGUUGCUGCAGAUGCAGACUUAUUUAAAAACAGUGAGAUUUUGUAUGUUAUUGAACCUCCAAGUGACGAGUUUUGGGUGAAUGCUUCUUCUGGGGAAAUCUUUACAAAGCAGCCGCUGAGGAUUAAGAGUUUGUCUUUCGAUAUCUACCACUUUACAGUCAUUGCGUUUGAUUGUGGCGAUGUUCCUUUGUACAGUGACACCACUGUCACAGUGCGGCUGGAACCACACAACUACCACCCGCCAACGUUCCUGCCAAUCAGACCUCUUAUUGCUGUCCCAUAUCACAUGGCUGUUGGCACUGAGGUGGUCCAGUUUACAGCUGUAGAUCAGGAUCUUAACAACAGCAGUGAAGGUAUCAGAUAUGUUUCAAAUGGAGGCAAUGCGUCAGAUUUCUUCUGGAUCCAAGCUGGAAAUGGAAAAGUCAUGCUAAAUCAAAGUCUGAGUCAGAGCGAAAAUGUGUUUCUCAGUUUGAUAGUCACGGCGGUAGAUCAGGGUCACCCCUCUUUAUCAUCACAGACUGAAAUCACUUUUGAAAUUACAGGGAGGAAUCUGUUUCCUCCAAGCUUUACAAAACCAGAAGCAGUUUUUUCUGUCCCUGAAGACUUGUCUGUAGGCUCAGUAAUUGGGAGAAUUCAUGCAGGGGACAGGGACUAUGGUUCCAAUGGUGCAAUUAUGUACAGCAUCAACCUAGAAAAUCCACUUUUACCAUUCUCAGUUGGGGAAACCUCUGGUCUGCUAUCUCUAAUCAGAGGGCUUGAUUUUGAGGAAGAAGGUUUUUAUCAUUUCCAGAUUGAAGCUGUGGAUGGUGGCUGGGUCUCUCAGACCGGCACGGUAAAUGUUACAGUGGUAGUUAUGGAUGUGAAUGACAAUCCCCCGGUCUUCUCAUCCUCAGAGUACUCAUUAUCAGUGCCUGAAAACACAGAAACUGGAACCACAAUCCUUGAAGUGAAGGCUGCUGAUGAUGAUUCAGGUGUAAAUGCACAAGUGGUUUACUCUCUCAUUGCUGGGCAUGUGGAUAAGUUUUCAGUUGAUUCAGGAAAUGGCGCAAUCACCACUUUGACAAGGUUCGACUAUGAGCAAGAGCAGAACUUUGAGGUAACAAUCAAAGCUUCAAACGUUGGUGCUCGCUCUUUAUUUAGUCUGGCACAUGUCGUAAUUCAGAUCUUGGAUAUCAAUGAGUUCAGACCGACAUUCACUGAGACAGACUUUAACAUUUCUGUGCUGAAAAAUGUGCCUGUUGGAACUGUUAUUGGUAGAGUAACAGCUACAGAUGAUGACCAAGGCCCAGAAGGCGAGGUGUUCUACCUGAUGUUCGGCCAAAACAAAAACAUGGGGUUUGAAAUCAACGAACGCUCAGGAGAAAUUUUCACAACUCGCAGUUUGAGGAAACAAAGAAAUAGCAAUGUCGAUUUAAAAGUUCUGGCAAAGAACUCCGGCGUUAUCACCGGCGCCAACGAAGACGAGACUCUGGUCCACAUCGCUGUGGUCGACUUAAACGAAGCACCCAUGUUCUCCUCUGUGCUUUAUUCAGCAAACGUGUCCGAGGACAGUCAGGUUGGGACGUCUGUGAUAACUGUGAGCGCUCUGGAUCCAGAUUCCAUCCUGGGGUUGAAUCGAGUUGUCUUCAGUAUUGAAAGCGGAAACACAAAUUUGUCUUUUGCAGUUGAUCCGUCCUCUGGUGUCAUUUCAGUCAACUCCUUACUCGACAGAGAGGAGUGGCCGCUUUACAAUCUGACCCUCACUGCCGCCGAUAAUGGCUCUCCUCCUGCUACUGGGACUGCUAACAUCAUGGUGACUGUGGGAGAUGUUAAUGACAACGCUCCCACGCUCAUGUUCACCGAGGCUUAUGUUGAGGAAAAUCAGCCUCAAGGCACCAUAGUAGCCAGAUUAAAUGCAUCUGAUCCUGAUUCGCCGCCAAACCAAGGACCAUUCACAUACUGGUUGGUAAAUCCUCCAACAGAUGGCGCUCUUUAUCUCAAUCCCAAUGGAGUUCUAGUCACCGCUGAGACCACUGAUCGGGAACAAGUACCCUUGUAUCGAGUCCUGGUGGCUGUUAGUGAUGCAGGGAACCCUCGGCAGUCAUCAACAGCGAUGUUCAACAUCAAGAUCAUCGAUGAAAACGAUAAUCCGCCGUUACCAAGAAAUAUCUUUAUCGAGGUGAAGUAUUUUGGCGGUUCUUUCCAAGGAGGCAUGAUUGGAAACGUCCAUCCAGAGGACCCGGAUGAGUCUGAUUCGUUCAUCUGCGCCAUCAGGAGUGGAUCACACAAUAUGUUCACGAUAUCGAAUGGCACAUGUGAGCUGUGGUCGGCUCCUUUUCAAGGCGAGGCGACUUUUAACAUCACCGUUGAAGCUACAGAUCAGCUUCACUUCCCGGUCAACAACAGCAUCUUUGUGAACUACAAAGGAUUCACGAACGCCUCCAUAGACAGCUGCAUAUUAUUCUACAUGUCUUCAUUCUCAAUGGAAGAGUUUGUGUCCAAUAACUAUUUGCGGUUUGUGAAAGCUCUGGACAGUCUUUUCAACCUGCAGGCCUCGAAGACUCAUGUUUUUGGAAUCAAACAAAUCGGCGGUGAAAUCCUUUUACUGGCCGCAGUUAAAAACUACAACGGUCGAUACCUCAGUAAAGAAGUAGCCAGCGGUAUCUCUGCAGGACACAAGAGGUUACUGGAAGUCCAGAGUAAUGUCACCAUCUCUCAUAUCACAAGCGAUCCGUGUCUCACCAGUCCUUGUCAAAAUGGAGCGACAUGUAAGAAGAGCAUCUUCAUCAGCCAGGACGUCGCUGUUCUGGAAAGUGACGCCGUCAUCUUUGUGUCGCCACAGAAGGAGGUUUUUAAUUGUACCUGCCCGGCUGGCUUCGCUGGGACGCUCUGCGAGGCCGACGUGGACGAGUGUGAGGUGAAUCCCUGUGAGAACGAAGGCACGUGUGUGAAUACUGCCGGAAGUUUCUACUGUCACUGUCAGAAAGGUUUCACAGGCCCUGUCUGCUCUGCUGAUGUGGAUCAGUGCCUGAGAGUGAAGUGCCAAAACGGAGGAACUUGUGUCCCGACUAAGGAUGGAUAUUACUGCCUCUGUGUGCCAGGGUUUGAAGGUAGACUUAAGAAUAGUAAAAGAAUAAUGUAUACAUUCAAAACUGUUCUUCUGUAGCAGGUAUAACAUCUGUGUUUUUGUUCUUUUUUUCAAGGGGAAAAAUGUGAGCAGCUUAUGGACCACUGUAAAUCAACUCCUUGUGUUCAGGGCAACUGCACCAAUUUACAGAAUGGAUUCUUUUGCCGUUGUCCCUUUGGUAAGAAAAAAAUCAAUCCCAGAGUUCAACAUUCGGGGAAAAAAGGGGCUCUUUUGAGUAUUGAAAGAAAAAGUCACUUUAACACAGCCACGGUUUGUAGAGUCAGGAUCAAAACAGGAAAAUAAUAAAAACACAAAUGGUUUAACUUCAUUUAGACAAGUUUCGUUGGCUGUUUUCAGCUAGCAUACUCAAUUUUGCUUUUGUAAAAUAUUUCUUUCAAUUUUUGGCUUUAACGUCUCUAUUUCAGGAGUCAGUGGAGUCCACUGUGAGAAGCACAGCUAUGGAUUUGAAGAGCUCUCUUUCAUGGAGUUUCCUCCGUUGGAUCGGAGGAUUAAUUUAAUCUCUCUAGAAUUCGCAACAGUGCAGAGGGACUCGCUGCUCCUGUACAACCCUGGAGGGUCAUCCAGCAGGGAGUUCUUUGCCCUGGAGAUCUUGAAUGGAUCCAUACAUCUGUCCUACGACCUCGGCUCAGGACCUAUGAGACUGCAGACAAACAAACAAGUGGCAGACGGAUAUUUUCACAGUGUCACCGCCAGGAGGAUUGGCAAUGUGAGUUCUGAAUUUAAUGGCACGCAUGGUACAGAGUUUUUAGUGUUUGAUUUUGAGUCGACUUCAACUGAGUCAGACAUUUCUAUGAACAUUUUACAGAUGGGAUCCUUGAAUGUGGACAACUGCACUGAUGUAGAAAACAAUGGAUUUUGUUUUUCUCAGAGUAUGGGCAGCAACUCAGCGAGGUAACUGUUAUGUCAACUACUGCACAAUAAUCUAAAAAGUCUGAUUUUAGACUUUUGAUCCAUCUUAAGUAAUCGCCUGUGUAUUUACUCCCUUCAGGACUCUAGAUGUCAGCAGUAACAUGACCUUUGGUGGUCUGAGGACUGUUGAAACUAUAUUACUGCAGCCUGGCCAGAUAAAAACCCAUGACUUCGUUGGAUGUAUUCGUAACAUUUAUGUGAACGGCAUCCUGCUAAGACCGUCAGUGGCCCUUGCAAGCUUUAACAUCCUUGACAGGUGAGUAAUUGGGAUUAUUUUACAAUAAUAUACAAUCUGUUUUGGUUUCCUAACCUUGCAGCUUUAAUUCGAUUUAUGUUCUGUUCGUGGUUUUUCUGUCUCCAUCAAAUAAAAGUUUUAAAUUGGAGAAAAAUUAUCACCGUACUUACAUAAGAGUAAAAAUCACUUUUAUAUACCUAUAGCCUUGAAAAGAUAAAACCCCACACUCUGCUUUUUCCAGCAUCACCUUUUGUAAAGAAAGCACACAAAGCUUUGCUCCUUUGGGACCUUUGUCAGAUGUGUUUGAGUGCACACUUGACGAAGGUCCAGAGGGACAUGAAACGUGAUGGUGCUGCUGUGUGAGGGCAGUGCGCUGGCUUUUUCUCCUCUAAAGAAAACAGUCACAGCUCCCUACACACCUGUUUCAUAAGAUCGUUGGAUUUGCAAACACCUUCUUUGAAAAUGGCUCUUGUGUGUACAUGCUUCAGAGAUUUCUCUCUGUGCAUUUUCUCAUAAAGGUGUCCUAGGGUGACACCAUCACCGUGUCUAAGCAGUCCGUGUAAUAACGGCGGCACCUGCCACGAUCUUUGGUCCAACUUUCUCUGUGAAUGCAGAAGCUCUUUUACUGGAAACACCUGUGCCAAAGGUAAAAAGACAUUAUCAUAAACCAAGGAGAUAUCUUUACAGAGUUUGGUCCUAACAUUGGAUUUAAUUCUCCAUCAUCUCUGUUUUUUUUAAUAGAAAUGUCAGAGGGUCUCGUUUUGCAUUUUAAUGGGAAUGAGUAUAUUGAGUAUGUGAUCAAGGAGCGAUUCAAGAGAGACUACCUCCUCAAAGAUUUACUGGAUGAUAAAAAAGGAGGAAACAUGGAGGAACAAAGUCUGAUUAACAUCACGUUCAAGACCCAGGAUGACGGAGUGUUAAUAUCUGUUAAAGGACAGACAGGAUACACUGAGCUGAAGGUAGUUACAAAACUCUUUCAAGUAUAAAGCUGUUCUUAAAUUUUGAGGUGUACAAAUAUGUCUUUUUUUCUGACAAUUUUAGAUAAAAGACAGAAAACCUGUCUGUAUUUUUGAAGAUACACCGUCGGGGCUCCUAAAGGAGUUCACCGUGGACUCGGUUGUUGCUGAUGGGGUCUGGCAUGUCUUCUCCUUGUUCAGCGUUGGACGGAACAUUUUCUUGACUCUGGAUGGUUCUCUAGUUUUGAACGUCACUGAUGGAAGGAUGGAUCUCACUCCUGCGACUGUGGAGAAGAUUGUUCUUGGUGGAGCUUUGAUAGAAGAUUCAACUCUGCAACAGUCAGGUGAAUAAAGAGUAAACUUUGAUAAAGAAUUAAUCUGUUUAAAUAAAGUAAACCAUGAAAAAUGUUUUUGAUAAAGAGCAAAAUGAUCUUGAAAGAAAGUAUUUGCUUGUGAAAGAGUAUGAUGAAGGUUUAUAACUUUCUAUGAAUGAAAAAGGAGCAGAGUGUGGGUCUUUUUAUAGGAUUUACUUUAAAAGAACUUUUGCUGGAUUAUUUGCUCUAAUCCAGGAGAUUUCAUGAGGUUGGCCUGUCUUUUUAUAUGUUAUUUUUUUCAACAGGAUGUUAAUGAGUGUAAUUUUACUGUUCUUUCUGAUUACCUUUCUAUAUUACAUUUGCAGCAUAGGUAUGAAACAGCAGAGGCCCAAGGAUCGUGCCUUGGGGAACCCCAUGAGUAAUUUUUUGUCUGCUCAGACAUGAUUACCUUUAGAUACAAAGUAGUCUCUGUUGUGUGGUCAGAUUUGAACCAGAUCUCGUGAGAUUUCGUGUUGCUCUAUAACUCUCAGUUCUUCAGCUGCAUCAUCAGACACCCUAAAUGGGGCGCUCACACCAAGCGCGAGUAAAAUCAUCUACUCGCUUAAUUCGCGCGAAUCAAGACAUGCGAAUUAAAAGUGUUUACUCGCUUCAUUCAAGUGGCAACGGUAAUUUUAAUGGUAAUCCCUGCCAAUUCAAUCAGCGGGAUAAAUUGAUCGACAAAAGUUUUUUACAAUUUACCAGGUAAUCCGACCUCCUCACUCACUUUCCUCCAGGCGAGCUCCUUUUUAUUCCGUUUUCAGUAAUUGAAAGAAAAGGUAUCAUAUAAUUCGGGGUACCCACACACUGACACGAUCAGUUUGUCCUCCAUUUUAGAUACCAGUAAACAACCAUCCAUUUUCAUACAUCACCUGGAAACCUUUGUGCUGAUUAGUUAUCGCAACACGCAUAUCUGCUCAAAUUGAGACAUUUUCAGCUCCCGCCCAGUUCGCGUCAUUCACGCAGCCAGAGAAAUACGCGCAACGUAUUGCGUCUUUGCAUUGACUUAACAUUGACUUUUCAUGUAAUUCAUUCGCGCAAAUGAUUUAACUCGCUUGGUGUGUGGAAACAGUAACAAGUGCAGCUGGUUCUGUUACAAUCUUUAAGGAGAUUCAACGAGCAAAUGAAAAUUGAAAAUGUAUUGCUCGCUUUAUGAUCAGUCCUAUGAUAGUGGUUAAAAUGUCUUUAUUUUUCUGACAGGGUUUAUCGGCUGUGUGCGGUAUUUUAAUGUGAGCGGUCACCCCCUGCCUGCCAGUGGACACAGUGUGAUGGUGGACGUCUGGCCAAGUCUGUCUCUCCUCCAGCCGAACUGCAGCUCUCAGGGCGUUUGUCUCCCUUCACCCUGCCCUGAGGAAAACACAGCCAAGAAAGAUUGUCUGUCUGCAGACUGCCAGGAGAGAUGGAGGUGCAGACCAGCUGUGCAGAACAGGUCCUGCAUCUGUUUUCAUAAUGUCUCCAACCACACCUGUGAUAUCUGCGCCUCUACUUCAGAGAGCCGUGAUGGAUGCUCUGAGGCACAGCACAGCGGGCCUCUGUGGAUCAUAGCUGUGGUUCUCCCUCUUAUCUCCAUCCUGGCUCUAACAGUAAUGGUAGCAGCUCUUUACAAAGCGAGGCAGAAAAAUGCAAAGCGUGAGAAUGAAAACACAACAUUUAAAACGGAGCAAGGCGCAGACAACAGAGGCUUUUGUUUCCAUGAAAAAACAACAACUCCCACAGACAAAGUUACUCAUGUCCCAAUGAGGGCUGACCAGCAGAGGUUAAGUAUGGAGUUUUACUGUGAUGCCAGUCUCUCUAGUCUUCAGCCAGAACCACAAAGUGAACCAGAGUAUUAUGAGAUUGGCAGCAUUUCCAGUGCGAGUCAUUCAGAAACCGCCUCACUGAAACUCGGCUUUCACAAUCACGUAGACAGUAAAAAGUGUGCGAAGGCCGAGCCGCGACAAUGGGGAGAUUUGAGGAUGUUUUUAGCAGGAUUUAAAAAGGAGUACUCUAGUGAAGAAAGGGACAAAAGUGAGACAAGACAUCGGACAAUGGCGUCCUCUAACAAGCAGGUGUUGGCCGAGGUGAAUGCAGAGAACUCCCAGGAUUUACCGCCAUGUCACAAGACCAAGUUCCUGCAGUCAGAGUACCUCGAACCCGUGCAAUGCCUCACUUUUGAGGAAAUAAGCAAACUGAACAAUCCCCUACAGCAGAGAAUCUCACUACAAGCGUCUCUGCGAUCAAGCUCGAUGAUGGAGGAAUCAUCUGAGAGUGACACAGACAGCACGUUCACUGGUGCAGAGUUUGACUGCGGACAGUUUGCUUUUGUCUGUGACGGGGAUUUUACACACGAGCGAUCAUCUUUAAAUGGAAACUGCUUCAGGAAACGAGGCAUUUUAACUUUAAAUUCACUUUCAGAACUUGACACUCAUUCUGCCGCCUGUCAGCACGACACUGAGAGCGGUCUCUGCACUUUGUUUGAGCAAUGGGAGAAGAGUUUAAAUCUGCACCUUCCUUUGAGCAGCUACGCUCCAGUGUUUGAGGAUAUUGCACGUCUUCCCACUGAGCCCGGUCCCAGCUUUGAUAUGCAAAGUGACAUAGAGGAAAUUAUCUGAUUCUUUAUGAUUGCCUGGGCCCUUGAAUCCUGGUUUAAUCUGCUUUUUUUUCUGGGU